AUGCACCGUGAAUGCACUCGCGCACUCAUUGCCCGCGACAACAGAUCGUUCGAUUCGCGAGCUAUGAACCUGCUGACUAAUCCGCAUGCUCCAAGCUCAUGUCGAACGAACCAAGUUGUACAGGAUAUUCCGGCCUUUGCCAAAGACUUCCAGUGUAAACUUGGCCAGAAGAUGUACCCCCUACCUGACCAGCGAUGUAAGGUGUGGGUUGGAUGA